CCAGAGAAGCUGUGGGUGCCCCAUCCCAGUGGGUGUUCAAGGCCAGGUUGGAUGGGAACCCGAGCAGCCUGUGGAAAGUGUCACUGCACAUAGCAGAGGGGUUGGAAGUAGUUGACCCUUAGGAUUCCUUCCAAUCUGAACUAUUCUGUGAUAUUCUCACUUUGUGCCACUUAUGGGGCUGGGGACUGUCAUCAGCCCUUAUACAGAUGAGUGAAAAAAGUGCUGAUCACUGCUAGUCACUUUUUGCAGAUGGAUGUUGCAGUGGAUGACAUCUCAAGUGUAAACUGGAUUUUUCACUUGUUUUUAGUGAGGACUGAAAGCAUCAAACCAUUGAAUUAACAAACCAGGCUGACAGGACACUGCAGUUUGUACAGCGAAUCAAAUGUGACACGUCUUUUGUAUCUUAAAUGACUGAUUUUUUUGUUCACAAUGUAGGAAACAGUAGAGAAUGUCUUUUCGUGGAAGAGGAGGUGGAGGAGGAAGAGGAGGUGGCUUCAGCCGUGGAGGAGGUGGCGGUGACAGAGGUGGCUUUAACCGUGGUGGGCGAGGUGGCUUUGGACGCGGAGGUGGAAGAGGAGGCUUCAACAGAGGAGGAUAUGACCAGGGCCCUCCAGAAAGGGUAGUUUUGUUGGGAGAGUUCAUGCAUCCCUGUGAAGAUGACAUAGUUUGUAAAUGUAAAACAGAAGAAAACAAGGUGCCUUAUUUCAAUGCCCCAGUGUACCUGGAUAAUAAGGAGCAGAUUGGCAAAGUGGAUGAAAUAUUUGGACAGCUGAGAGACUUUUAUUUUUCAGUGAAACUGUCUGAGAACAUGAAAGCCUCUUCAUUUAAAAAAAUGCAAAAGUUUUACAUUGAUCCAGCAAAGCUGCUACCUCUUCAGAGAUUUUUGCCAAGGCCCCCUGGAGAAAAAGGUGCUCCCAGAGGAGGUGGUAGAGGAGGACGUGGUGGUGGACGUGGGGGAGGAAGAGGUGGUGGCAGAGGAGGAUUCGGAGGAGGCAGAGGUGGAGGAAGAGGAGGAGGAUUCAGAGGAGGUAGAGGUGGAGGAGGAGGAGGAUUCAGAGGAGGAAGAGGUGGUGGAGGAGGCUUUCGGGGAAGAGGACAUUAAAAAUGGAGCCAUGAGUAUCUCCUCAUUUUCUCACCAUGUCAUCUGCAGAAGCAAAGAACCAUGAAAAAUUUUUGUAAAGGACCCUGAAAAUCUUUUUAUAAAGAACUUGAAGAUACAAAUGACAAUUAUUUUUACACUUAAUGACUGUUCAUGGACGCAUGAGGAGAGUGUAGCCCCAGGUGAAGAGCUGAAGACUGCUCAGAAUAUGUAAACUUUACUAACUGAGCCAUGAUUCGAUGUUAUUCUUAAGCUGUUUGUUUCUCACAAGCAGUGCAGUCAAUGCUUAACUCCAUGUUGGAGUUUGGAGUGAACAAUCGGUUGAAAUGAAUUUUCAAAAGACCCUACAGGUUCACUGCAUGCACAUGCUUCAGUGUAAACUGUGCAUGACUGAUCCCUGGUUCUCAUCCUCCUUUUAUAUCGAAUCUUCUGGGCUGCUCUGAAGUGGACAUGCCAUUUAAACAACCUUUGUGAACCUUUUUUAUAUAAAUUAAAUUUCAAACUUUUGUGUUGA